GAAUUCCUCCUGAAGAUCUUCUGUGUAUUUCGGAACCUGAUGAAAAUGAGUGUCUUUCCUCGAGACUGGAUGGUGAUGAGGUUGCUCACCAGCAAUAUUAUAGUUACAACAGUUCAGUACCUGUCUUCUGCACUGCAUAAGAAUUUCACGGAAACGGACUUUGAUUUUAAAGUGUGGAACUCUUAUUUCAGCCUGGCAGUUUUGUUUAUAAACCAGCCAAGUCUCCAACUAGAAAAUGCCACACCAGCUAAGAGGAAGAAGAUUCUGGAUAAAUAUGGCGAUAUGAGAGUGAUGAUGGCAUAUGAGCUCUUCAGCAUGUGGCAGAACCUGG